GGGCCAGACUGCGCGGCUGCGCACUGCCGCUGCCGCUGUCGUUUCUGCGCUAGGAGGGACGCGAUGGCCGGGCCCGCGUGGAUCUCCAAGGUCUCUCGGCUGCUCGGGGCACUCCACAACCAGACACAGGUGACCAGAGGUUUUGCUGGUGGUGUUCAGACAGUAACUUUAAUUCCAGGGGAUGGUAUCGGCCCAGAGAUCUCAGCUGCGGUGAUGAAGAUUUUUGAUGCAGCCAAAGCGCCCAUUCAGUGGGAGGAGCGCAACGUCACCGCCAUCCAAGGACCCGGAGGAAAGUGGAUGAUCCCUCCGGAAGCCAAAGAGUCCAUGGAUAAGAACAAGAUGGGCUUGAAAGGCCCGUUAAAGACCCCGAUAGCCGCGGGUCACCCGUCUAUGAAUCUAUUGCUGCGGAAGACAUUUGACCUUUAUGCAAACGUGCGGCCGUGCGUCUCCAUCGAGGGCUACAAGACCCCGUACAGCGACGUGAACAUCGUCACGAUCCGGGAGAACACGGAGGGGGAGUACAGCGGCAUCGAGCACGUGAUCGUGGACGGCGUGGUGCAGAGCAUCAAGCUCAUCACCGAGGAGGCCAGCCGGCGCAUCGCCGAGUUCGCCUUCGAGUACGCACGCAACAACCACCGCAGCAACGUCACGGCCGUGCACAAGGCCAACAUCAUGCGGAUGUCAGAUGGGCUUUUUCUGCAAAAAUGCAGGGAAGUUGCUGAGAACUGCAAGGAUAUUAAGUUUAAUGAGAUGUACCUCGAUACGGUGUGUCUGAACAUGGUCCAGGAUCCGUCCCAAUUUGACGUUCUCGUUAUGCCGAAUUUGUAUGGCGAUAUCCUCAGUGACCUGUGCGCGGGAUUGAUUGGAGGUCUCGGUGUGACACCGAGUGGCAACAUUGGAGCCAACGGGGUCGCUAUCUUCGAGUCGGUUCACGGCACGGCCCCCGACAUCGCGGGCAAGGACAUGGCCAACCCCACGGCCCUCCUGCUCAGCGCCGUGAUGAUGCUGCGCCACAUGGGGCUCUCGGCCCACGCCGCGCGCGUCGAGGCCGCGUGCUUCGCGACAAUUAAGGACGGAAAGAGCUUAACUAAAGAUCUCGGAGGCAACGCCAAGUGCUCAGACUUCACGGAGGAGAUCUGUCGUCGGGUCCGAGACCUGGACUGAGGCCCUGCGCGUGGGGUCCGCGCCGGCCGCGCACUGCGCACUGCGCACAUGUGCGCCUCGCCGCUCUCCUGACAGUGCGUUGUUAGGCACGGCCUUUCCUUAACCAGAUCUGUGCGGAGGCAGGGACACGCCAGGCCUGCUCUCCGAGGACUUUUCCCGAGGGCCUGGUUUGUUGAUGGCGUGUCCGUUCGGUAUGCGUCUUCCGUAAGCUCUCGGUGGGCGGUCCCAUUGGCCACGUAAAUCAUUUUACACUUCGGUUUAAAUGGUUUUUGCUCAGCUGUAAAUACGAAACAGAAUUAAUAACAGAAAACAUAUAACUUUUUAAAGAAAAACCCUGUUUUCCUUGGUUUAUGAAAAAUGCAUAGGAAGAAGGCAGAAUAUUGACCUGAUAGCACACGGUGGCAUUCUUACGAAGCUGAAUGGGGGGGGGGGGGCGGGGCGGGUUCCGGGGAGGCCAGGCCGCCGCCAGCGAGUGCGCGUGUUUCUUAGUGAUGUGGGAGGUAGACAGGUACGUCCUCGCGUGAAUUCCUGAGUUUGAAUAAAGACCUCAAAUCCAAGAAAUAUGUAAUGAGAGCUGCAAUUUUUGUGACUAAGACACAGAUAGGUUGGAUACAGACAUGCAUCUGUGUGGUCGAGUUUUCUGUUUCUCUCGAGAUGCCCUCUUCUUGACAGGAGCUUUCAGGGAGUGGAGGGACCUCCUUUCACUGGACACGGGCGAGGCGCAGCGUCGGGCCUCCGCUCCGCGCUGGGUGGCCGCGGGGGCCUGUGGCCUGCGCUUGCUUGGCCCAGAGUGGCCCGAACGCCCGGCCACCAGCGUUUCGGCUGCAGUUAACUGGGGGUUCUGGCCUCUACUUUCCUGUCUCAGUGGCUGCCCCCUUCCCCCGAAGCACCGGAUCACUGCCACCCCCCAGUGCCAGCAAGAGAGGAGCCGCGGUGGGGGCUGCGCCCAGCUGUGGACCCCGCCCCGCCCUGUCCUUCGAGGCCGAGGCGCAGUCACUAUUUUCAUGAACACCUGCGGCUCUGCUGGCCGGGGACUCUGCAUAAAGCACCCAGGUCACUCGGGGUUCUUGGCAAAUACCCUGUCUGCGUGCUUUUCUGGGCUUGUAGCCAGACCCGCGUCUUGGGUGUGUUUUACUCUGUUCAAGCUGCAGCUUCUCCCAUCUGUUGUUUGUGCUAAUUCCCCGCCACCCUCGGGUUCGCCCUAAUAAAGAAUUCCAGAACUGA